AUGACCGGAAGAACACCUUCAUCAUUGCUAAUGAACCGAGAAGUCAAGACGAAACUUCCUAGUUUUGAACAACAGACAAACGAUGAAACUGAAACUCGCAAGAAAGAUGAAGAGGAGAAAGAGAAAUAUACCGACAAGAGGCGAAAAGCAAGUCCAAGAAAUCUUGAAGUCGGAAAUAAAGUACUAGUUACUCAAAAACAUCGAAACAAAUUUACGACAAAGUUUCAUCCUGAUCCAAUGGUAAUCACCAAAAUAAACGGCACGCAGAUAGUGUUAAAAGACAAGAAUGGCACACAACAUCGCAGAAACUCAUCGCAUGUCAAGUUAUACCAGGAAAUUCCUGAUCCUGAAGAAGAAAUCCAGAGUGAUCGCAAGCAUGAUAGACAAACGGAAAGUCGCGAAGAAAACACCGAAGCAACUCAAACAGAAACCAACCAGAAUACUACAGGAACGGAAAUUGUUCUACGUAGAUCAACGAGAAAUAGAAAACAACCAGACUAUCUAAAAGUAGGUUAAGUUAGUCAAGUUUAAAAUGCAGACUGUUGACAUUUAUUUAGUUUUAAAGAACACGGUAAUGAAACCCCGUAAUAGUAAUUCCAAGACACUAAGUCUUAGAACGGAACUACAAAGUAAAGAACUACAUAGAAUUAGAGACUUUAGAAACUUCAAAGGUUGAUAUUUUCAUAACUAUAAUUAAGGAAGGGAUGUUGUAUCCAAAUGCUGAUUGGUCAGCUGAAGUGAUUGACAUAUCAGAUUAGGUCACGAGACAUUAGAUUAGGAGACGCUAAGCCAGAGAGCAAGUAUACAUGUAUAAUAUAGCAGAGUAAAUAUUUGUUAUAAAAGUUGAAUAACGGAGGAUAUAAAAAUAUACUGGAUCGAUAACUCAUUAGAGAUUUUGAAGCAUGAGAUGUCAUGUCAAACAUUGCAUCAUCCGACAGGUGGUCUUGUUUGAGUCAUACAAGAUUGUCCUGUUCGCCAAAUGGCUUGUCGGUGAAAUGUCUAAUCAACAUCCGGCCGAAUAAUGAUCUGUCGGCAAACGUUUUUCAGCCAAACAUCUGUCAAGUGUCGACUUCUGGCCACAAUUUAAUGUUAUGCAUAAAUAGUUACAGCAACUAACAAAUCAGUGGCACAGAAUAGAGACUAUACAGAAGCCCGACGUCUUGGUUUUUCCUAUGAUUUUGGCGUAACCGUAAUUCGUCAUGAAAAUGCUAGACUUGCUCCAAGUCUCUCUUUCAUUGUCAUAUCGGGCCACUAUAGUGUGCAUUACAUGACGUAGCACGAAGAGGCGGAGCGAGAAAGAGAGACUUGUCAACUUCGGAAAAUCUCGGUUCAAAACUGAACCGAAAAUGCAAGACUUGCUUUAAUUGUUUUCUGUCAAUGUUUAUAUGUAUUGAUCUAGCACAGUGUAAAUAACAUGAGUCCCAUUAUAGUAAAUAAUACAGAAAGAAAUUGAAGGAAAACAAUUAAAGCAAUUCUUGCAUUUUCGGUUGAGUUUUGAACCGAGAUUUUCCGAAGUUGACAAGUCUCUCUUUCUCGCUCCGCCUCUCCGUGCUACGUCAUGUAAUGCACACUAUAGUGGCUCGAUAUGACAAUGAAAGAGAGACUUGGAGCAAGUCUAUGAAAAUGCUGACGCCAUGGUCCUAGCCAGUGCGCUUAUGAGAGGCAUUCCCCCCCUGAUAAUAUUCAAAACGGCGGACGUCCAGGGGGUGAAUGCCUCUCAUAAGCGCACUGGCUAGGACCAUGGCGUCAGCAUUUUCGUGACGAAUCACGGCGUAGCAGCGGUUACGCUUUUUUGGCUGAGUCCACCUUCUGUGUGUCUUUAUUCUGUAUCAGUGGCCCUCUAACCACUGGCCCUCUACUAAAAAUCAAAUUCUUAUUUUUAUUUUGGUGUAGGUAUGCCAGAGCAUCUAAUCCAUUGUUCAGAAUGUGAAAACAGUGGUCAUCCGACAUGUCUUGAUAUGAGUCCUCAGUUAGUGCGAAUAAUCAAGACAUAUUCCUGGCAAUGUAUGGAAUGUAAGAGAUGUACCUUGUGUAACGACCCACAUGAUGAGGAUAAAAUGCUGUUCUGUGACGAAUGUGAUCGAGGCUACCAUAGUUUCUGUGUUGGUUUAACCCAGAUCCCAAUUGGCAGAUGGAUCUGUGAUAAAUGUGGAAUGUGCGCUUCAUGUUUGAAGAGAGUUCCAGGUCCUGAAGGUAGUGCCGCAAAGUGGAAACACGAGUUCACAAUCCCAGCUGAUGGUGGAGACCCGCAGUUCUUGCAAACCUUGUGUAUCUCGUGUUCGAGGUUGUUUAGAAAUGGGAAUUUCUGUCCAAUCUGUCUCAAAGUGUACCGUAAUGAUGAAACAGAUCUCCCCAUGGUAUGUUGUGAUAUGUGUGAUAGAUGGACACACACUCAUUGUGAAGGCAUUGAUGAGAAAACGUACAAGGAAUUGUCUAAGUCGAAAUCCAAGUACAAAUGCGCACUUUGUCGUGGCGAGAAAGAGGAAAGGAUCAAAGGAGUUCACAGGAGGUUUCCUCACUUCAAAACCUCCUAG